AUGGUCCGAAGUGGAAAAGAUGGUGGGCUCCACUUGAAGCAGAUUGCGUAUUACAAGCGAACAGGGGAGUAUCAUCCCACAACAUUAUCGAGUGAAAGAAGUGGAAUCAGGAGAGCAGCCAAAAAAAUUGUUUUCAAAGAAAAUAAGUUCUUCUGUGUUGGAAAAGACAGAAAAAAAAUGCACCUGGUAAUUGUUUCAGAUGAAGAGAAGAAAAAGGUGCUUGAGAAAUGCCACAAAAAUGCUGCUGGCACUCAUCAUGGCAUAUCCAGGACAUUGACUUUAGUGGAAUCUAAUUACUACUGGAGCUCUGUAACAAAUGACGUCAAACAGUGGGAUCCAUAUCAAAACACUCCAUAUUUCCAAAUGUUUAAUCAAAAUCCACAUGUUGUUGAGCCACUGAAUAUCUGUGUGGAAGGGGAAUGCAGUAUGUUUGCCAAAAUAUUUGAAGCAACUAAAAAAGCCAGUCAAGCACUGGAAGAAGAGAAGUUCUCAGAUUGUCAGGUGAUGAAAAAUACUUCAGAUGAACAAAAAAUCACAGACAAGAUCACUGCCAAAAGGAAGCCAAAACAGUUAAAUACACUUCGACUUAAAGUUUGUCAUGAAGUCCUCAGGCAAAGAAAAAACUGGUGGAAAGAUGGUCGUUUCCAAUCAGAAUGGGUUGGUCCUUGUCUUAUAGAUUAUAUUACAGAUAAUGGCUGUGCAAUAUUAAGAGGUGCUACAGGAUGCAAGUUAAAAAGACCCAUCAAGAUGUCUCACCUCAAGCCGUACACAAGAAGGUCCAGUGGAAAAGACAACCAUUACUUUUUAUGAGGUGCAGUAGUUGUUGACCAUGACUGAUCUGAAAAAUCCUAUAAUCCAAGCCAACAAGAGUCUGCUGCUGAUGAAGAAAUAGAUGCCUACACAAGAUAUGUCAUGUCUGCUGUGCAAAUACCACCUGCAGCCUGCAAAGACCAAGAAUCAACAGAUGGUAAACACCAGCCUGAGCUAAAAGAAGAUAAUGGCAUUUACUCAAACAAUGCAAAGCAGAAGAAACAGCCUUCACCUUGUUGGACACUUUAG